UUUUUUUUCAGAAAAUGAAUUGCGAAAUCUGCUCAGCCAAGUUCGUGAGUUCAGCCGCUCUGGACAGACAUACUGACACGGCUGGCGAGCAUAAAGACCUGCGGCCGUGCGAGCAGUGCGGCGAGAACUGUGCGAGCGAGGACGCGCUACAAAAGCAUGUGGAAGACACACAUUCGAAGGAGUCAAUUCGAUGUGAUGUGUGCUCGAUAUCGUUCCCGAAUACCGAAGCUUACACAACCCACGUGUCGCGCUCGCAUCUCCAGGAGAGGAUGGUCAUCAAGCAAUCGCGACAAUACCGCGAGUGGAAGAAACAGAAGACCCUCAUGAAGAAGACAGAGCUUGUAUGCGAGCAGUCACCCGGCGUGAAGAAGACAGAAGUUAUGUGCGAGCAGUGCGGAGACAAAUUCCCGUUCCCAUCGCAGCUGAAGCUACACCAACAAAAAUACCAUCAGGCUCUGAAGCCGUAUCUCUGCAAUGAAUGCGCGAAAGGCUUCUCAUCGAAGGCAGGUUUAGAGGACCACAUCCGCUCGCACACUGGCGAGAAGCCUUACAACUGUAAGCACUGCUCUCUCGCCUUUAGCAUGAGGGGUAACCUCAACCGACAUCAUAACACGGUGCACCUGGGCCUCCGCGGUUGCUUCGCGUGCGACAUCUGUGGGAGCACCGUCAGUACUAAGAGUUCGCUGCGGCUCCACAUCGAGACCAAACAUGGCGGCCGAGACUGGCCGAGGAGUCGCAAGCGGCAACAGGCACAGAAAUUAAAAGAGAAAUUAACCAUUAAUAAAGACAGAAAAUAA